UCCAUGUGUUGCGCUCAGAGUGAGUCAGACUCAGAUCCUCACCGCUUCUGCAAGAACAUGCACGACUGCCAGCUCAUUUAAACAAGACAAGCGAGUGACAUCACAAAACUCUGAUUUAAGUAUGGCCGUUUUGGCAAAUCACAAACUUUGGCAAAGCGUGGAUUACUGCAGAAGACUGAUGGUUUUACCACUGGAGAACACCGAGAGACUCAUGACAUCCAAAUAUCCUCAUUUUUGUGUUUGAAGUGUGCAGACAUGGAUUCUCUAUACAUCGCUAUUGAGCUCGUGAUCGCGGUGCUGUCAAUCAUCGGUAACGUACUCGUGUGCUGGGCCGUGGCCAUCAACUCGACUCUCAAAAACGCCACUAAUUAUUUCCUGGUGUCACUGGCAGUUGCUGAUAUUUUGGUGGGUUGCCUCGCCAUCCCCUUCGCCAUCACUAUAAGCAUCGGUCUGCGCUCGGACUUUUACGGAUGUCUGUUUCUGGCUUGUUUUGUUCUUGUACUGACACAAAGUUCAAUAUUUAGUCUUCUGGCGGUGGCUAUCGACAGAUAUCUGGCUGUUAAAAUUCCCCUGAGGUAUAAGGAGCUCGUCACAGGGAAAAGAGCGAGAAAAAUCAUCACCAUUUUAUGGAUCUUAUCCUUUAUCAUCGGACUCAUUCCGUUUGUGGGCUGGAACCGGAGAGAGACUUCCUGUUGCGGAAACGAGAGCCAUUCGGCACAGACCGCCAAUGUCAGCGAUACGGCCGUGGCCGAAACGGGCUUCCUGCAGAGCUGCCACCUCGAGUGCUUUUUCGAAAACGUGGUGGACAUGAGCUACAUGGUGUAUUUCAACUUUUUCGGCUGCGUGCUGCCACCCCUGCUCAUCAUGCUGGGAAUCUACGCCAAGAUCUUCACGGUGGCGCGCCAGCAGCUGCGUCAGAUCGAACUGAAGUGCAGCGUGAGCAGCGGUGACAACCAACACCGCGGCUUGCUGCAGCGCGAGAUCCGCGCCGCCAAAUUGCUGUCAAUCAUCGUGGGCUUGUUUGCUCUUUGUUGGCUUCCGGUGCACAUCCUAAACUGUCUCACUCUCUUCUACAGAGAGCUGGAGAAGCCCAGCUUUGUCAUGAACAUCGCCAUCUUACUCUCUCACGCCAACUCCGCCAUCAAUCCCAUCAUUUACGCCUACCGCAUUCGGGAGUUCAGAGUGACCUUCAGGAGGAUCCUGAAGCGUCAUUUCUUUUGUCGACGGGAUGACUUGCAUCUCAGAUCCAACGGUAGCAGCAGUCAUAGAGACACAGAGAUCACGAUGACCAUCGACCCCCUACUAUAGUCAUGUAUGGUAUGUGUAUGGAGAUAAAUGUUUACAGACCAAAAAACUGCAAACGGAAGAUGUCUACAAUGCAAAGACCAUGUUUCCGAUGCCAUGGACGCGUCUAGACGCUUUCAGGAUUUAACGUUGAACUGUGAAAAGAACUCUUUUAUCACUACAAAUAUUUGGAAAUAUUUAUAGACCUUUAAAACCCGACCAAGCACUAAGAAACUUGAGGCGCCGUCUCCUUCCAAACGCUAAGUGGCCAGUUUGACUCUGUUAACAUUACGCAGAGGGUAUACGAACAGGAAAUACCUGAUUUAGUGGGCAGCUUUGGCGAAACCACAGACUGCUUUGGAAGAACAGCCCACUGGAAUCAAAACCGAAUCUGAAGCGCUGUGUUAUAAUAAGUGUAUUUAAAAGUGCCAUGUUUGAAUUUAUUAGGACCUUUGAUGUUUUUGCUAUGACCAAGAUGGUUGAUUUAGAUUGCUCAGGAAUACACACGAGGUAAGAAAAACCUUUUUGAGACCCCGAAAAAGAAAGAAAAAUAACCAUGUCAGACAAAGCCGGUGAGAGAAAUCACUCUACUUUUGGUCUUUGUGUCGUUUAAAUGAAAUGAGGGGUUAAGGCCCAUUCACACCAAACACGAUAACUAGGGGCAUAGGCGCCGAUUCCAAAAUAUCCAAGCACCCACGGAAAAACGCCAGAUAUGGUCAAUUAAUUUAAAAUUAAAUAAACGCCUUGAGAUUUGGAAGCCUCUCUGGUGGAUCUCCUGAGUUGUAAUAUUAACAAUGCUUUGAUGAAUAAGCUAAACAUGGGGUGCUUCACAUUUCGCACUUAUAAGCGUGCGUUAACGCGAACGUGGCACUUUCCUCUUCAUUUUCAAAGCGCCUGGGUGCUCCCAUAGCUUCUGCUGUUGCUAAGCAACCUGCUAAUGUUGAGAAGCGUUGCACGAAGUUGAGCUGAGCACCCACUGGCUGAAGAAGAAAUCGGCGCCUAUAACUGGAGGUGCGUAUAUCGCAAUUACAAGAUUUUAACACACGUUUCCGUAGAGUUCGCAUUACAGCUUAAAGACUGAGAGUUUUAUGGUGUCAACCUCACGCAAAAGCACUUUUAUUAUUGUUACCCGACGCGCUUUCUGUGUUUUGCAAUAUUUAGCAGAAGCAUUUAAAUGUAAUUUCAUGCUGUAAUUAUGAAUUUUACAACUGCCAAUAUUGUUACGUGUCAUUGUUUUGGAAAAACUGUAAUUACGAUGCGACAUGAACGCAGUAUAUAACUUUAUUUGUCUGAAUAGUUCUUGUAAUCGUCCUUGGAGUGAAUGGGUCUUGAUGUAGUUUGUAUGUCGUACUGCAUACAGAUACACAGAUAUCACAUAUUGUGGCUCCCAGAGGUAUUUGGACACUUAAGUUGCACUUAAAAAUUUGAAACUUGCUGUAUUUGAAAAUUACUAGUUGCUCAUUAAAAUUGGUUGCUUAUUAGUACUAAUAAAGCGCAUAUGUGACCCUGGACCACAAAACUGUAGUUGUUAGGGUCAGUUUUUUAUUUUUUAUUAGUAUUUUUAUUUUUUAUUUUAUUAAUUAUUUAUACAUCAAUGGAUUUGGAUGGUUUAUUAAAAUAGGACAAUAUUUGGCCAUGAUACAAUGAUGUGAAAAUCUGGAAUUGGAGGGUAAAAAAAUCUAAAUAUUAAAAAAAGAUUGCAUUUAAAGUUCAAAUGUAGUCUUAACUUACACGUAUUUUAGUAAAAACAAGUUUUGUGAAUUGUGAACUGAAUGUGGAUAUCUAAAAAACAAACUUGAAUGGGAAAUCCCCAAAGAGCGGGUAGCAACAACAACAAGUUUAAAGGCUAGUGUCUGGUCAAUUUUGUUAGCGAUUUUGCUGCAUAUAAUCACAAAAAUAAAGUUUUGAUAUAUUUACGGUAGGAAAUUCACCUUCAAAAUCUUCAUGGAACAUGAUCUUUACUUGUAUAAUAUCCUAAUGAUUUUUGGCCAAGAUACAACAAUGUAAAAAUCUAAAAUUGGAGGGUGAAAAAAUCAAAAUAUUAAAAAGAUUGCAUUUAAAGUUCAAAGUCCAAAUGUAGUCUAAUAUCCUAAGGAUUACUAUAAUUUUGACCCAUGCAAUGUAUUUUUGUAAUUUUCAACAUACCUGUUCGACUUAUGACUGGUUUUGUGGUCCAGGGUCACAUAUUAAUGUCUUUUUAGUAGUUAGUUAACUCUUCCCUGCCAUUGACAAGUUAUCUUGUCAAUUAAAAGAAACCGCUUUUCUGCCAAUGAGGAGUUUUUACAGCAAUCCACAUUUCCGCUAUUAUCCACCAGGUGGCGCUCUUACCCAACUUAUAAAACACUGACGCAUCAACUGAUCCAAAAACAGUAAAAACUCUGUUUGUUUUGAUGAUCGAUCUGAAUCUAACCUCUAACAAAAGUUCUUUAUAAUUUUUUUUAAAUUUUUUGCUAAAAUAAAAACCUACCCAUAGUUUAGAGGUGAUAAAAAGAGAGCAAAUCAAGAUAGGAUGAAAUGUUUUGUUGUUGUUGUUAUUUAAAACAGGGCUUUGAACCAGAUUUUUUCCCCAAUUGGUUUGUUCCGAACAGAAACAGUAUUUUAACGUUUCCGGUAUUUUAAAGUGACGUUCCUGAACUGGUUAGAACAAAAAAAUAAAGUUCCCGAACCGGUAAAUAACGUUCCAUGUCAGCUGUGGGACAUACAAAUAAGUAGGCUGUUCAUUAGGACAUUAAAUUAUUCGUCUACAUAAUUUUCCUUAAGUCUCUAUCUUGUCAUCAAACAUUAAAAAAGGCUACAUUACGUAAGCGGCAUAACUGUAAUUCUGACAUGCCUACAUUUGUUUCAGCAUUAUACAUGAAUUAAGACAAGGACAAUUUCUGCCAUGUCGUUUAUUGGAAAACAAAUGUUUUUAUUAUAAAAAGAAUACUGUGGUAUUUCAAAAUAAUUUUGUUGUAUGUGUCCUAUCAAGAACAGAAAAGAUUGUUUGCUUGCUUUUUGAAACGCGUCUCUCCGUGUAUGCACUUUUGAGUGCACUUAAACAAGCGCACACACACAGACGGAGGACGAAUUCCAUACGGCACUUCGGGAAAAAUAUGCAGCAGAUACAGUCGGUCCACAUAAAGUGAAAAUGACGUUGUUUUUCAGUGCUUUAUUCACCAAAUGUAUUUUAAUGGACUACAGUAUGGGACAGAGUAGCGCAACUCUCUCUCAAGUUUAUACAUCAAGAGUUCUUUUCUUUAAAGGGUAUAGGGAUAAUCACGUUUGAUUGGAGGUGGACAGGACACAUUCAAUCGAAUGUGCGUCUGUGCGAACAGAAAAUUGCUCACUUUAGCGCCUUUUUGUGGUUAAAUUGAUUAAAAUCACUUAAGUGUUAACAUUUGCACGCCUUCGAAACACGUGCAAAUCAUCAACUUUCACCUUAUUUAAAUUUGCGUAUUAAUGGACAAAUCGCACAAGCGAGCCAAACUGUGAGUCGUGAUCUGUAAGGAUCAACUGCGAUCUGUUACACCACUAGUUAGUAUUUAAAAAACAAACAUCUUGAGAUACUUGGUAGCCUACAAUAUUUACCUCUUUUGAGCAUUAGAGACCUGAGCUUGAGUAGGCUACUUGCAAGCUUCUAAUUUUUCUGAUGAGUCAAAAACGACCGGAAGUGAACUUCACCGAGUAUUGCACAGAAAUACUGUCAAAGAACGAAAAAAAAUAACGGUAUUAACUGGUUACCAUUAUUUUAAAUAAAUGAUUCUGUUCAGGAACAUAUGUUUUUUGAAAGUUUCUGGUUUCAUUUCUGUUUCUUGCAAAACAUCAAAAUUUCUGGUUUUUGUUCCGUGAACUGGUUCAAAGCCUUGAUGCUGGCUGGCAACUUGGCUGCCACAAAACCUGGCAGGGAAAGAGUUAAUAGUAAGAAAUGGACCCUAAAGUGUGACCGAAAACAUCAAACCAAGUCACAUUUGCUAACAGGUAAUACUAAGCCUAAACAUUAUAAGAUGCAUCGCUCACAAUUCUUAAUACAUCACUUGUGAUCCAAUCACAUUCAUGCAAAUAUGGUGCAAAUUGAUGAUUGGCUCUUUAAAAUGUAAUCAGUGAGCCAAUGAGCAUGCUUCAUAUGCCUCCAACAUUCAAGUAGCCCUGCUUGGUUGUGUUCUGUAAGAGCGGUCAUGCAGCACAUCCACCCCCAACCCAAAGGGGACAACACAUUUGUCUGUUUUUGCAGCUGCAGCAACAUCUUACGUACAUCAGUAACAUCAUAACCAGUGGCCUCGUUUAUAAAAUGCUGCGUAGAUACGGUCCAAAAUCAUUUACGAGAAGCUUAUAUUUCCAAAUGACGUGAUGCUAAGCACUUUUCAAUGUAAAAACAUGAUCAAAUCGCUUUAUCCAUCUACUUCACCAAGAAUAAACACAUGAACUUUCCAUGAACAUGUUAAAAUAGAGUUCAAAUAGAGAAACUUUCCCAUGCCAUUUUUACCGGAUGUAUAACAUCAAUUCCCGUCACGUUAACAUACCCUUUAAAAUCGUAAAGGUCUACUUCUGCUAUUUUAAAUGAAACGUUAAAAUGAACGCUAUAGUGUUUGAUAUUUUAUAGAUGUCCAAAUACUUUUGGGGGUCACUGUAUGUGAGUCUUAUCCUCACUAUUAUAAAAUCUCCCUUUAAAAGCAUUUGCCUGUAAUGCACCCCGUUUCAUGCUAACACAAACAUUCCCGCUGUCCCCAGAUGUGAUGGUACAACACACUGGGAUCUUAUGUGUCACGGCCCUUAGGGGACGACUGCGUUUGUCAUUGAAUGUCUGACUGUGACAAACCCGCCCGGACCACAACAAGAGCAGCUGACAGAGAGGAAAGAUUGAACAUAAAACUUUCUUAUUGUCAAUACUGUGACUAUUAAUUGCAGAAAGAUCUUAAUCAAAUUAAAUUAGAAUGGUGCUCAUGUGGGAUUAAGUUUUAAUUCGACCUCCUUUCUCUCUUGAAAUCUUUGCGGGGGAUUUUCGUACCCGAUUUAUACUGACAGAUGCACACUUGUCCCCGACAGCAGCAUCUCCCCUUCCUUUCCAAAAUUACAUUCACAUCUGUGCCAAUGAAGCCGGCAGUGAAAUGUUUUUAUUUAUAAAGCAGUUUGUUCUUCAGCAGUAUUUUUCUGUAUCUUCUAAAUGUACAGAUCUUUGCUUUGUUUCUAUUUGUAAGGGCUAAACUACAGGAGUGUGCCAGACAUUCCAAUGGAGACGAAUCUGUACCGCACUGAACCAGUGUUGUUAAGCGUAUGUUUUAUUCCUUGCGUAUUGAUAAUUUUAUGCGGUGAAUCAAAAAAGGCCUUUUUUAACAAACCAGUCAAGACAUUUCUAGCCUUUAGAAGAGAAUAAUCCGUGUAUGUUUUCGAUGUGCGUAUUUUGUCACUAAUGUGCUUUUUGUGUUAAAAGAAAAUUGUCUCGCGACAAAAAAAGUGUCUUGUUAUUUAACAUGAAUAAAUCUAUGUACGGUGAAUUAUUUUGUUAAUAAAAGCUGUUUAUAUAAAAGUAAUGAAAGGACGUGUUUUUAUCUCAAGG